CAGGAACCUCCCAGCAGUUCGAAGAGAAGAAAAUCUGCGCGCCGUGUAGUACGGGAGGAAGAAACAACAACAAAAAAGAAAGAGGGAGAAGCAGCGGUUUCUGAGAUACACUUUCUCCGGGAUUAUAAGGGGCUUUCAAUGAACAGCCUGCUCUCUGACCGGAAUUAAACCUGCAUACACUGUGGCCCUCCAGGACCGGAAUUAAACCUGCAGACGCUGCAGCCCUCCAGGACUGGAGUUAAACCUGCAAACACAGUGCCCCCUCCAGGACUGGAGUUAAACCUGCAGACACUGUGGCCCUCCAGGACUGGAGUUAAACCUGCAGACACAGCGCCCCCUCCAGGACUGGAGUUAAACCUGCAGACACUGUGGCCCUCCAGGACUGGAGUUAAACCUGCAGACACUGCGGCCCUCCAGGACUGGAGUUAAACCUGCAGACACUGCGGCCCUCCAGGACUGGAGUUAAACCUGCAGACACUGCGAGUGCGAGUUGUGUGAGAAGAAUUUGACUAUAGUUUCAGUGCUGAUUCUGGUCGCACAUUUAUGGCGUUUGUGAGCGUCAGCAGAGACUUCUGCCAGGCACAGCACCUCUCCUUCGUGGACAAGUGAACCGGCAGCCCUCUGCACAGAGACUACACUUCCCAGAAGCCCCCCUGAAGCACACACUGGCACUGAAACUGCUCUCUCCUGCUGCCCGCUGGGGCCUCGUGUAGUCUGUGGCUAAACUCCAAAGCAACCAACCACCGACUCCUACCUGGACUUACUCUCAUGCCGGCCAAUUAGAAUCGCUUUCCUGAAUGGGGUAAUCUGAUUGGAUGAUUGGUGAAGUCCCCCCCAGUAGAAUUCCUUCUUCUAUGUGUCCUUUUUAUUGACCAUUCCUUUGCCACUUUAUUUCAUAUUUUUUAUUUAUUUUUUAUCAAACCAUUUCUACUUCAAACUUCACUGAGAUCUGAGCCAAAGUUUCAUUUUUUGAUACACAGUUUAUGCAACCGCUCUUUAUUUUUUGAAAGAGCUUCAUUUUCUGCCAGCAUGAACCGGCCAGCACCAGUGGAGAUAACGUACGAGUGCAUGAGGUUCCUGAUUACCCACAAUCCCACCAAUGCGCAGCUCAACAAGUAUACAGAGGAUCUGAAGCGGUUCGGGGUGCAGACGCUGGUGAGGGUGUGUGAUGCCACGUAUGAUAAGGCUCCUGUGGAGAAGGAGGGGAUCCAGGUCCUGGAUUGGCCGUUUGAUGAUGGUGCCCCGCCCCCUAGCCAGAUCGUUGAUGAUUGGCUGAACCUGCUGAAGAGCCGGUUUAGGGAGGUGCCUGGCAGCUGCAUCGCUGUUCACUGUGUGGCCGGGCUGGGCCGGGCUCCUGUGUUGGUGGCCUUGGCUCUGCUUGAAUGUGGGAUGAAGUAUGAAGAAGCGGUUCAGUUCAUUCGCCAAAAGCGUCGGGGAGCCUUUAACUCCAAGCAGCUGCUGUACCUGGAGAAGUACCGGCCCAAGAUGCGGUUGCGAUGCAGUGAGCACAGCUGCUGCCUGCAGUAGCCCGUGCCGGACACCACGGACGGACAGACAGACGGACAGACAGACGGACCCUCAGACCGCCGCUAGUGCUAAUCUUACCGUAAAAACGAGCGUGCAGCCAGGCCGGCGUGGACUCCGCACCACCACAGAGCACAUAGGAAGGGCUCAGCCAAUGGGCUCGCAUUUUUAAACAAAUACAAGUCCCGCCGGUUACCACUGUCCAAUCAUGGGCCAGAGUUUAAAAAACAUAAGUUCUCACUGGAUGCCCAGUGUCCAAUCAUGGGAGAGCCUGUAUUGAGCACAGUGGGAGCUGCAGGCUGUCAGGCCAGUCUCAUCACUGCUGAAGGAGUGCAUUAUGGGUUUAUUAUUAUCUCUCCCACUCUCCUCAUCACUGCUGAAGGAGUGCAUUAUGGGUUUGUUAUUACUGUUGUUAUUGUAUUAUGAAUGGUCCUGAAUCUGCGUGAAGGUGGAGUGUAUAAUCACCACGUGAGAGAGACAGAGAGAGAGAGAGAGAGGGAGGGGGAGAGAGAGAGAGAGAGAGAGAGAGAGAGGCACGUAUGAUCCAUUCAUUAUGAUUUCUGUCCAAACACGCGCGCAUGCACACACAAACAUGCAGCACCAAAACACAUGCAACACACACCCACAAAAACUCAUGCACGCCCAAAUGUGCGCACGUGCAUGCCUGCACACACACGCACACACACACAAACACGCACACACACGCACGCACGCACGCACGCACGCACACACGCACACACACACGCACACACGCACACACGCACGCACGCACACACACACACACACACAUACACGCACACACACG